AUGCAGGACUGGUACAACCGACACGGGAGGAAGACAGGCGAGGACAUAUGGAUGGCUAUUUGUAAAGAAAAGUGUACAUCAGCGAACUGUCGGCAAAUCGACGUAGAGAGCGUGGUGAAGUACCUGGACAGUAUCGGUGGCUCAGACUACAAACUGAAGACGUUGAUGACCGGAGGGCAGCCCGUAACACAG